AAAAAUUUAAAAAUGUCUCAAAAUCCUACAUCGAAAAAAGGAUUAAAGCUGAGUGCUCCUUUUGAGCCAACAGCUAAUCCCUCCUUUGCACAACCUUAUUACCCUCCUCAAAAAUAUUAUAACGAACAACCCUACUACCCUUAGACUUAUGUGCCUCCCCCAUCAAACUAACAAGGAAUACAUGAAUAGGGAAAUACUAUAAACUCAUUGUCUCUUAAUGGAGGUAGCAAUGCAAAUCUAAGUCAAUCAACAUCAGCCAAUACAACCAAUGGAUAAUAGCCACAAUAAAAUGCUUAAAAGCAAAAGAAGAAAUUGGUAUUGAAUAGUACCACUCAAUAAAAAUUUGUACUUGAUCAAUCUGUGGAAAAGAAAGUAUUACUUUAAAUUAAAUAAUAGGCUGAUGAAGAGUAGAAGAAAUUGGAAGAGUAAAAGAAGUUAGAAGAAGAGAGGAAAAAAGAAGAGAAGUUAAAAAAAGAAUAAGAACAACUAGAGCUAAGAAAACCUAAGCCCUACUCUAAGGAAGAACUUAAGAAAUUAGUCGAGGCAAUUAAUGUAAUUUUAAAAAUCAUCAUUUAGGAUUUCAAUGAGUACUUUGAUAAACAAGAGUGGUAACUUUUGAAGGAAAGAAAGCACUUUAACAUAAAAGAAUUAUAAACUAAAACUCAACAGCCUAGAAAAGAAGGAAAGACAAACACUUAUACAAAGACACCAAAUUAGAAAAUCUAAAGUAAACCAACUGCAUCAACUGUUUAACCAUUCGACAGAGCACAAAUCUAACCAGCAACUGAAGCUCAACCAAAGAUCAUUAUUGUUAGAGUUGUUGAAGACAUCCAAACCAAAUAGUUAAAAGAUAGAAUGAAAACCUAAGCAGAAGCCUUCUUCUAGACUUUGAAUCAAACUCCUGAAUAGAGGGAGAUCAUUUUUAAAGAACUUAGAUACAGAUUGAAUUAAUUGGCACCAGACAAUUUUGAAAUGGCUUCUUAGAAUAUUAUAAAAGUCGUAAUCGAUAAGUAAUAGAAAUUAAUUUAUUAUUAUAGUAAAAGUGAAAAUGAUUCAACUUAUUUGGAGUAUUUGGCAUAAAAAAUCAUUGAGAAAUCCUAAACAGAACCAAAAUAUAGAAAACUAUACACCAAAUUAUGUUAACUCUUAAUCAAAGAACCUCAACUCACCAUUGUCAAAGAGAAAUAGGAUGGCAAGGCCAAGAGUGUAUCUCUCUUUAAGAAUCAACUCCUUAACUAAGUUCAAUAAGUGUUUGACGAGAGAAAGAACAAGAAGGAAGAUCUAUCUCACAUGAAACCAGAAGAGAGAGAAUAAUAUCACUUAAUUAGAAAAUAAAAAAUUAUGGGAAGUAUGUACAUUCUACAAUAACUCAAGAUGUCCGUUUUAUUGGAGACUUAUUUUUAUCCAAGUUGCUUCCAAUCUUAGCUGUCGAAUAUGCAAUCAGAGAAUUAAUUUCCGAUUAUGUUGCUUAAUAUUUACCAAAUCAAGAAAAUAGUGAAGAAUCUAUUGAGGGUUUGAUUGAAUUAUUAGACUAAAGUAAUUAUACUUACAAGCAUAUUUAGUUGGGGGAUCAUACAAGACCUAGAGCAUUACUGAUUUCGAUGUUUUGAAGAAGGAUCUCGAAUAAUUCUUUGAUGGUACAACCAAAAAUUUGGAAGAAGCUAAAGCAUUCUUACAAAAAAAGCUUGAAAAAAAUCUAUCCAUUGAUAUCAUUAUGGAAAUGUAAUAAUUUAUUUAAUUACAAUAGACUCAAUUUACUUAUAUCAAAGUAUAAGGUCUCAUAAAGAAUUUCUAUGUUGAUAGAAAAUGUGUAAGAGAGAAGGAACUAAGGAUGGAAGGAUCAUUAUAGCAGAUAAGAUUAGGCUUAGAGUGUAAAGACUAUUCAUCAAGAACAAGAGAAGGAAAUUAUUGAAUAAAAUUAUAAUCAAAGUAAGAAUAAGAACAAGAAAUAUUAAACAUAAUAAGUGCUUUAUGUUGAAAAAAAUUCAAGUUAAUAAUCAUCUUCAACAUCUUCUCAAUAAAAGUAAUAAUUGUUUGAUUUAAAUGAAUUGGCAAUCUUUGUUUAAGGAACUUUCAACAUGGAACCACAACAACAGGAAGCUAAACUCUUGGAAGAAUUGAAAAGAGUCGGACCUUCAGAUGAAGCAAUUCAAAAGUUCUUUGAAAUCUUCUUUGAAUAACUUCUUUCAUGUAAUAGAUUCAAUAGAUUAUUUAGAUAAAUUAAUUAAGCAGAAUAUUGAAAGGGCUCAAAUGGUCUUUGAAUUAUUGAGCAAAGCAGAAGCCAAGGAAGAGAUUGUCAAGAAAGCUACUUAGAAGGUAAUUUCAUAAUUCUAGUUUGUAGGCUUUGAAUGAAGACAAAGUGUACGAUCUUGCUGAUUCACCAACAGCAAUUGAUUUAUUGGUUGAUAUCAUUGGGUAUUUCUUAAAUGAUUCAGAAAUCAACUCAUUAAAGAAAUUGUAUUUCAAACCUGAAAUUGACAUCGAAGAGUUUAAUGAUUUCAUGACCAAGAUAGCCACUUAAUUAAUCAUUAAAUAUUCUGAUAAAGAGAAUAUAAUUAAAGAAUACUAUGGUAUCCUAGGUUAUUAAAUUUGAUUAUAUAUAUUUGUUGGAUAUGUAAU